GUCACACACGACAUGACGUCACCCGAAGACGUCAUCAAAAAGUCCAGCUCUUAGGCGUGUCCCAAAAGAGGGUUUGCAGGUUUACGAAUCGAUGUUAUUAUUCAUUACUGUGAAGGAAGCAGACUGAAGAAACCUUUUCUUUCCAACAAAUUAAAAUGCACUUCACAAUACCAAAAGCUGAAGAGCUCAAGGACAAGAAUGGAGCCUCUUUUACUGGGUACACUAUCCACGCGGACGGCAAGCUGCACUGCGUGGUGCGCUACCGUCAGCUGAGCUGUCUGCACGAUCAGCUGAAGCGGGUGUUUGGCGCGCGCGCGCUGCCCACCUUCCCGCCAAAGAAGCUGCUGCACCUCAACUCUGAGGAGGUCGAGGAGCGGCGGAUGCUGCUGGAGCGCUACCUUCAGCUCGUGUCGCAGGACAGCAAGGUGUUCAGCAGCGAGGUGUUCAACGGCUUCUUGGUGUCGGCACAGCUGGAGACGCAGAGCGCUGCCCCGGAGCAGGUCACCCUGGACGUCUACCUGCUCAACAACUACCGGAUCUCUGUGACGGCCAGCUCUACACUGCAGACAGAUGAUGUCCUCGAGAAAGCAUGUCAGCAGAUUAAUCUUCCUCCUCGUCUCACAUACUACUUUGGUUUGUUUAUGAUGAAGAAGACCGAGGAAAGCUAUACAAUCGUUCGGAAGCUGCAUGACUUCGAGGCACCGUUCAUCUCUCUGCGCACGGCAGGACACACACCCGAACACAGGAUUGUGCUCCGGAAAAACUACUGGGACACGUCUUACGACGCCGACCUUCUGGAGGACACGGUGGGCCGUAACCUGCUGUACGUGCAGACCGUCAGUGAGGUGGAGUGGGGAUGGAUGUCUGCCGACACGGACACGCGCGCACGGCUCACCAUGCUGCAGGCCAAGGGCAACAAGCGCGAGUACGUGGCUCUGGCGCAGCAGCUGCCGUUCUACGGCUACAUGCAGUUCGAGCCGUGCACGUGCGACUUUCCCGUGGCGGGCACACGAGCCAGGGUCAGCAUCGGAAACAAGGAGCUCAACAUUCGGAUUCCUCCCGGUGAGGGCGGCGCCCGGAACACGGUUCGCGAGGGCAGCUUCAAGGUGACCCGGAUGCGCUGCUGGCGGAUCUCCAGUGUGGAGCCGGUGCCGGCCGAGGCGGGCGGCGCCGGCCCGUCGUCGGCCGCCGCCGGGCCGACCGGGCCGCAGCUGGAGCUCAGCUUCGAGUACCUGAUGUCGCGCGAUCAGCUGCAGUGGGUGCGGCUGGCCUCGCCGCAGGCUGUGCUCAUGUCCGUCUGUCUGCAGGCGCUGGUCGAGGAGCUGCUCCGACGCCGAAAGGGACUCGGCAUCCCCAGGCCGGGAGAGAAGGUUCACAAUGUGAACUUUAACUACCUGACACGGGACGGUAGCCUGCAGCACGUGAACGCCCGGUCCGGCGCUGGGGACUCCGAACAUGUGGACUGCGACUCGGGCAUCUCGUUCCGGAAGCUGUCCAACAAGCUCUCGCAGCUAAACCUAGUGGGCCGCAUCAGCCUGGCGUCGAACCGCACCGUCGAAAACAACGCCUUCGACGAGAUUGGCGACGACGAACUGUAAGGCCGACUGCCUCUGUGACGUCACGGGAGCCAUGGUGACGUCACGCGGCGGUACAGUGAAUCCUGAGCUGCUCAGAGUUGUGCCGAGGACGCUGCAUUAGUGGGUGAGAGCUGGGUCUCGGAAGCUCGGCUGUAGGUCGUAUGGUGCUGGUUGUGGAGAUCGUUGGGCCGCUACCCGGCUGGACUGGCGGAGUGGUGCUACUAACAGGACUGUGUGUUAUGCUGCGUGUGUCCUCACGCUGGAGGAAGCGGUGGACGGUGCUGUGCUGUUGGUGGGGCUCAAGGCGGAUGUCUGUGCGGGCGGCCGACCGCCGGCGCAGAACUGUGAUGGACGCCGGUGUUUGUACAUAGUGGUUGUGGAAUUAUGUAUCGAAGAGUUCGAGUUUAUUUCUAGCGUUCGCCGACUAUUUGGAACGUUGGACGCAUGUGACUAACCGUUCCGCCCCCCGGCCUGCGCCAGUGUCCCGCUGCGAGGCAUUCAAAUUUUAUCUGUGCUGCCAAAACGGGAUGGGAGCGGGCGCUGCUCGCGUCCUGUGUGGCAGAAGUUGCCAUGGUAACUGUUUUGUAGUUUGACUGUCGAUGUAUGCGUCGGCGUGAAGGGGUCCUAAUUAAUUAUGCAGACUAAGUUACCCAGCUUGGUUUUGUCUUCGUCUUUCUGUCGGCACUGUCGGUCGAUUAGUUUUUCUAUGUGCGUUUUCUGAGCUUGUGUGACGGCGAUCAUUCCGUGAUUGGGCUGUUGGGGGCGCGGUGGGCCGGUCGUGUGCUCCGCUAUCCGUCCUUUCCAGGCGGCCGGGCUGGCUGAGGCCGCCCGGCUGCUCCGAGCUGCUGCCUGGCUCCGUCCCCCGUCGGUCGUCAGCCCUCGCCGCUGGGGGAGCGCUGCGCUGCGGUGUUUGGUUUCCAAGCAGACUAGACGCUCCGCAUGGGAGAGCCCUGGUGCGUUAUGUAUAUUUUUGUAUACGAAUUGCUUUCAAUCUCAUGCUUAAUUAUCAGCAUAAAGCUAAGGAGUCACUACCGGUACGCUUUAUUUGAUACUUGUAUGAAAUGAAUGUGUAAUAUUUAAUGGCAGUGACCAGAAAUAAAAAUAUUAUUUACCUUA